UUCCUGCUGGUGUAGAAGGAUCAUACGAAGAAUGGAUUGCAGAGGAGGUGGAAAGCAUUGUUGAAAUAUAUAAAAAAGAUCUAGCACAUUAUGAAUUGAAAGAAACUCCAGAAAAGGGAAAGUCGAGACAGUUUUAUCUUGAUAAAAUUAAAUCAUUAUUUGAUGACUGUAAGAAGGGUGAAGCUUUCAUAUAUUACACUGGUCAUGGAGAGAAGGACACUGGUAACUGGUGCUUUAAAGAUGGAGUAAUAUCAUUCAAUGACAUCUUUGAAUUAUACAUGAUGCAUUUCAGGGGUAAGUCUCUAAUGAUAGGAUCUGAUUGCAGCUAUUCUGGAAAAUGGAUACACGACUGUGGCAAAAAACUAGACAAAUAUGGAAUUCUGUCUUGUGGACACAAAACCAGAAAACAAAAGAUACUAUUCAAAAUUUUCACAUCAUGUCAACCUCAUGAAGAAGCUACACUACUCACAUACAGCAGAAAAGGAAUAAGAUACAGCAAAGAAGAUGAAGGUGUCCUCAUAAAAUAUGAUGAAGAAAUAAAAAUGGAACCAGCUCAAAAAGGACAACACCCAAUGCACGUUGACUUCAGACACAUCCACUGCUACAAGAUGCCUGGAGACCAGUGUGAAUUGGACUCUACCUGCACUUGGGAGGAUCGUCUUGGAAAAAAAAGAGAACGAAUUGUAUUCCUGGUUGACAACCUUCCCAGUUGGUAUUGUUUGCUCAUUUCUGAAGACACCUUUGAUGAAUUCAAAGGUAAGCAGGAUAAAGGAAACAUUGGAAUUGAGAAAGUCUUAUACUCUGGACCAGGAAAAAAUGCUCCCAGUGACGUAAAGAAAAAACUCAACCUGAGAUUUGAUAUGAACACUUAUGCUUCAUAUAAAUACACUGAUCACUGAUUUUUAUGAUAACUUGAAUAUUUUUAUUUUUAGUAGAUUCAUUA